AUAAACGUAAAACAAAUCGUGGAUUAACACCAACAGCUACACCAACAGUUACACCAACUAAAAGACGAUCUCAAUCAUAG